UAUUGGCCCACUGGCCCUGUCCCUCUGAGAGCGCCGCUCCCAUUGGCUGGACUCUGGCGAGACGCUCACACGCACAACGUCUACCCCGCUUUUGUUAUUGUACUGAGUCCAGGCAGAGAGAGCGAGAGCUAGGCUUCGGGAGAGCGAGCAGGAUGCAUGAGCCGAGACAGCGAGGCUGAUAGAGUCUGGUAUCGACUUGGAUAGAGACAGAUAGUUUUGGAGGAGGGGGAAGAGGGCUCAUUCGGAUAGCCUAACCAGCCACUACCUCACCAGUAGCCUACACGUUUAUCCCUCUUCUUCUCCUUCUUCACAUCGGCUCCCCCCGAACCCCUACAGAUGUGUAACAGGAUGUCGGUGAACCCCCCCAACAGCAAUGACGCAUGCCUGAGUAUCGUGCACAGCCUGAUGUGCCACCGGCAGGGCGGGGAGAACGAGGGCUUUGCCAAGCGCGCCAUCGAGAGCUUGGUCAAGAAGCUCAAGGAGAAAAAAGAUGAACUGGACUCGCUCAUCACAGCGAUCACUACCAAUGGGGUUCACCCCAGCAAGUGUGUUACCAUCCAGAGGACGCUGGAUGGGAGAUUACAGGUGGCGGGCCGUAAGGGUUUCCCCCAUGUCAUCUAUGCUCGUCUGUGGCGAUGGCCUGACCUGCAUAAGAAUGAGCUGAAGCACGUCAAGUUCUGUCAAUACGCCUUCGACCUCAAAUACGAUAACGUGUGUGUCAACCCAUACCACUACGAGAGGGUGGUCUCACCUGGGAUAGUCGGCCUAAGUCUACAGAGCCCAGGUCCCCCCUCGCGGCCAAUCAAAGAGGAGUAUAUCCAUGACUGCAUCCAGAUGGAUGUGACGCCAGGCCUGCCCCCCCAGGUUGACCACCCCAUGCCACCCAUGAAGAUGCCACCGCCCCACCCCGACCACUACGGCCAGCCCUUACCCCCACUACAGAUGCCACCGGAACCCCCCCGCGCACCCCCUCCGCCUGUCACACUCUACCCAAACAUGCCUCUCUCACCCACAGGUCCAGGCCCUAUGAUGUCCAUGUCGGGGGGCCACGGUGGUGGUGGUGAGGGGGGUCUGCUACAGAUUGCAUCGUCCCAGGGUCAGGUGAUGAGCCCCGUCGGCCCCACCCCCUCCACCCCCAAGCACGGACCUCCCCAGCAACCCCAGCAACCACCCCCCUCCAGCCAGCCUCCACCCCCCCACCAAAACGGAUACACCACCCCCAAACACACGCAGACGCAAGGCUCCUUCCAUACUACGUGGACAGGCAGUAGCACGGCCAGCUAUACUCCCGUAGGACCCCAGCAGAACGGACGCUCGCACCAGCCCCCCCUGCACCAUCCAUCACACUUCUGGUCGCAGCAUCACUCCACACCCAGCUUCCCUCCUCCUGUGUCCAACCACCCAGGUCCGGAGUUCUGGUGUUCGAUCUCGUACUUUGAGAUGGAUGUCCAGGUGGGUGAGAUGUUCAAGGUGCUGUCCAGCUGCCCCGUGGUCACCGUGGACGGAUACGUGGACCCGUCGGGAGGGGACCGCUUCUGUCUGGGGCAGCUCAGUAACGUGCACCGCACAGAGGCCAGCGAGAGAGCCAGGCUGCACAUAGGUAAAGGUGUCCAGCUGGAGUGUAGAGGAGAGGGCGAUGUGUGGAUGCGCUGCAUGAGUGAUCACGCCGUCUUCGUGCAGAGCUACUACCUGGACCGAGAGGCAGGCAGAGCGCCCGGAGACGCCGUACACAAGAUAUACCCCGGAGCUUACAUCAAGGUGUUUGAUUUGCGGCAGUGCCAUCGUCAGAUGCAGCAGCAGGCGGCGACGGCCCAGGCAGCGGCAGCAGCUCAGGCGGCAGCAGUGGCCGGAAACAUUCCAGGACCCGGCUCAGUAGGGGGCAUAGCACCCGCAGUCAGUCUGUCUGCAGCGGCUGGUAUUGGCGUGGAUGACCUGCGUCGCCUGUGCAUCCUGCGGUUGAGCUUCGUGAAGGGCUGGGGGCCCGACUACCCGCGCCAGAGCAUCAAGCACACCCCCUGCUGGGUGGAGGUCCAUCUGCACCGCGCCCUGCAACUCCUGGACGAGGUCUUACACACCAUGCCCCUCGCAGACCCGGGACCGGCCAACUAA